GACGUGGAAUCACACAAUUGGUUAGAACCUGAUCAGAAUUGUGUGCUCAUAACCCACCCAAACCCAAAUUAUAACCCAACAAUAUCAUAUCACCGCCAAAGCCAUUAGAAUAGUGCAGGAAGGAGUUAGUACUACAUCCCUAAAUCACUGAAAAAAAUGGCAACAACAAUGGCCGGCGUGAGCCUCUCAGCCCCAAGAAUCGUAGCCAAAUCAGGCGCAGAGUCGCCGAAAGUACCCCAUGCCUAUAUCAGAACUGUUCAGCCGUGGAAUUACAACAAGAGGCUGAGCCAGUACGGUCGAUUGAUGGUCGUACGGCCGGUUAUGGCGGCGCCGGACAAGCUGUCGGACAAGGUGGCGGAGAGCGUGAAGAACGCGGAGGAGGCGUGCUCGGACAACCCGGCGAGCGGGGAGUGCGUGGCGGCGUGGGACGAGGUGGAGGAGCUGAGCGCCGCCGCCAGCCACGCCAGGGACAAGAAGAAGUCAACCGAUUCAUUGGAGGAGUACUGUAAAGACAAUCCCGAGGCCGAUGAGUGCCGUACUUAUGAGGAUUGAAUUCAAACUCCGUAGACUCAGUACUCUCACUCGAAGUCUUUGAGAAGCGUGUUGCCGAGUGUUUCACUGCUGGGCCAGGUCAUCAGAACCCCAGUUCUAAGCUUUCUCAACUUCAAUGGUUUCCUACUUACUCUGGCUACAUAGGAUAGUACUUGUUUGUUCUUCACGUUUGUUUAGGGCCCUAUAUACGCGUUUCAUGAUGUAAUUGCACAACCCAUAAUCCUGGUUAUUACCUCCAUUUGUUUACGCUUUCUGCAUGUUCGAAUGACUUUUGUUUGGGG